GCACUUUCAAGUUAACCAACUGCAUUCUGAAUUCGUUUGCAUGCGAAUCUGGCAUGGUUUGCGAUGAUCCCUGCAUUCCAGUUCGCGCUGGGACACCAGGUGUUGCAGGGCCUCGUGACCGUGGGGCGCUAUGAUGGCAAACGGCCCUGCCUCUCUGCUGGAACCACCGCAGGGAAGGUGCUGAUCCAUUGCCCUCACAACCGCGUUGAGAACCCUCAGAAUGAGGUGAUGUUUCUGAACAUCAACCGCAAGAUCACAUCCGUGGUUACCGGCAUGUUGAACCCGGCGCUCCAGCGCGAUGUGCUGAUGGUGGGCACCCAGACGUCACUCAUGGUCUACGACGUCGAGGAGAAUGCCGAUCUCUUCUUCAAGGAAGUGCACGAUGGCGUCAAUGUCAUUGCCUUCGGACAUCUUCCUGCCAUCGAACAGCCCGUGUGUGUCGUCGGUGGCAACUGCUCCGUUCAGGCCUUCGACGCGGAAGGGAGCGAGCUCUAUUGGACGGUGACAGGCGAUAAUGUGAGCUCCUUGGCCUUUUGCGACGUGGACGACGACGGACACCCGGAGCUGCUGGUGGGCACCGAAGACUUCGAGAUCCGCGCGCUCAAGUCGGAGGAAGUCCUCAAAGAGAUCACCGAGACCGAUGUGGUCAUCCGCAUCGAGCCCUUGCACAAGUGUCGCUUCGCCUACGCGCUCAUGCAUGGCACCGUGGGCGUCUACGACAAGCUUUCACGUGCAUGGCGAGUGAAGUCGAAGAAUCGAGUCAACUGUAUCGAUUGCUUCGACUUGGACAACGACGGCGUUCCCGAGCUGAUUGCAGGAUGGGAGAAUGGCAAGGUGGAGGUCCGCAACGAGAAGAGCGGCGAGGUCAUGUGCAAGGACUACUUUCAAGCUCCAGUGGCCGCCUUGGUGCACGCGGACUAUCGCCUGGAUGGACGUGAGACGUUGAUGUGCUUGACCUCGGAGGGUGACGUGCGUGGCUGGCUGCCAUCCAGUAGCGGAGCUGAACACAGUGGCCUCCGGAGUGGCGUGGCUGCACAAGAGGCGAAGGAGAAUGACAAUUGGCGAGACCUCCAGGCUCAAAAGGCCAAGCUCACGCAGGAACUGGCCAGCUUCAAGGAACAGCUGAAGCAGUACAAGUCAGAUGGCAAAGAGACGGGACAAGGAGUGAUUCCAACCGAUACGAAGCUCAACGCCUCGUUGAAAGCCAACAAAGCUCAUGGCACGGUGGAGCUGCAUUUGAUGACCACGAACUACUCCGUGAUCCGCGCGGUGGUGAUCUUUGCUGAGCACCUCUUCGAUGGCGAGGCCUGUAUGUUGCAUCCGUUGCCACCCUCCAACAAUGUCAUCGUGCAGAUCUCGCCGGCCAAGGACGUGCAGACCACCAUGAGCAUCAAGGCCAUGACGGGUGUCACCGUGAGCAGCGUCCAGUAUCACGUCUUCGAGCUGAACUACGUGAUGCCGAAGUUCGCCAUGUAUCAUCAGGUGGACGAAGCUCCAGUGCCCAGUGGAACCGUGAACUUUGUGGUUCAGGAGCGGCCCAACCACAUUUGGUCGUGGCUGCAGCGCUCCUUCAUUUCGAUUCCCGAACAGAUGCCGGCGCCCAGCGGUGCCAACGUGCUGGAGGUGAAUUUCAUCUCCCUUCGCACGAACGAGCCAUUGUGCAUCACCGUGAGCAAGGAGCAGGCAGGGCUGAUGACCAUCCGUACCGAUGACAUGGAGACGGCGGGUGAAAUGGUGCAAGACCUUUGCAACUUCUUGCAGGUGACGGAGCUGGAGAGUACUGCGAACUUUCCCGCAGAGAUGGAGAAGUUCCAACAGGUCCUCACGCGAGUGGACGAGUACAACGCCGUCCGCAUGAAGUUGACGGCUGAGAUGGCUGACAGUGCCAACCUGGUCAAGGCCUUGAUCGUGAAGGCCGAGGAUUACAGGAUGCUGUCGGACAUGCAACACCUCAAGAAGGCCUUCUCCAGCUUGCAGCAGACCAAUAGUGAUUUGAUCGCUGAGUACAACAAGAGGGCCAACAAUCAUCAGCAGCUCUUAGCGCAGCUGAAGGAAGUCAACAUGAUGAUCCAAAAGGCGGCGAAGCUCCGCAUGGGCCACGCCAAGAGCCGUGUGGUGGCCGCCUGUCGACAGGCGAUCAAGCAGAACAACAUCAUGGGGCUCUUUCAAAUCAUCAGGACGGGCCAUGAUGCAUCUGGUUGAUCCCCGAGGGAUCCAGUCCAGCGCCGUCGCGUCGCGCCGUUCGAAAAA